UCAAUUCAGAUCAGGUCGAUAACCAAAACGAACAAGCAAGGAGCAGCGUCAAUGGCACUGGAAUAUCGGCAGACGCAGACGCUUCACCAACACCGGCACAUCCAGAGCACAGAACGAAACGAGACUCUCUCAUCCCUCUCGCCCCAUGACUCUUUAUAUACAGUUAGCACUCCGUGCCAAUUCGGCCCCUCCCCCUUUCUUCACGCCGAGGCCAAGAAGCGCAAAAAGGAAAAAAGAAAAAAGAAAAAACCCCUCCAUCAGCUCUUCAAUCAGAACGCCAAUGAAGGCCCCCAGCAUUCCGCAGAGAAGAGACAGAAUGAGCGGGGUAGGGGAAAAAAACAACAGUCACCCCCAAGCACAUCACGAACACCCUCUAUCCCUACCCGGUGGUUGGCUCCACCUCCCUAUCCUAGCUCCAGAGAGAGAGAGACGCAUCCCUCCGGAAGAAACGAGUACUUGGCCCCGGACACCUCGGCGUCAGCGUCAAAGGCAUAGAAAGGAGGGACUCCUGCGCGGACUCCGUUGUGUUCUGGAAUGCCAGGCUCCACCACCCCCACAACGAAGGAUAUCCACCGCGGUAAACGUAGAGACCAUCAUCAGUCCACUUUCUCCGGGCCACCUCAGCAUCCAAUGAUUCCUCAUAAGAUUAAAACCACAGUGGGCUAAAGCUCUACAUGCUAAAGUAUAAUAGAGUGAACAAGUGGGCGAGUCUCUCUGGAUUCGGGGGCACGCGGAUGGUAACUGGAUCCGGAUGAGAUCCAUAGACAGGCUGAGAGAGGGCAAGAAAAACGGAACGAAGACCUCGCCGAGAAGAGA